UUCAGUAUUAAAGACCCCAGGUGGCCCCCAAUUUCUCAGACUCUCGGAACGAACAAUGAACAAGCUAUACAAUAUGGGCUCAACAACACCGGAUGAGACGGAGCCUCUGCUCAAUGAGACCGAUACUGGUCCAACUUACAGUCCUCUUUCCAAUGACGACGACAUCUUAUCAAGCGAUGGAUCGUUUCUCAAAGACGAGUUCGACAGCGACGACGACGAGGAUGACGAAGAAGAAAUGAAAGAGAAACGUAAACAAAGAUUAAAAGAGACAGGUGGAUGGAUAGGAUACCUGAAUGAUUUUCGCAUAUUUCUACCAUUCAUGAUUCCAAGGAACGAUGUCAAGGUGCAGAUAUGCAUCAUCAUCAGUCUCCUUUCUAUCGCAGGACGGAGAGUCCUAAAUAUUUUGGUUCCAUACCAGCUGGGGAUCAUCGCCGACAAACUCCUCCUUGGUGGAAGUCCUCCGUACCGGGAUCUGUGCAUAUGGCUGGGCUACAGCAUUCUGAACAGCUACUCUGGACUCAUGAUGAUCACGGAACUUGCUGUGGUACCGAUUCAGCAAUUCUCACAACGACAAGUUACCAAUGCGGCGUUUAAACACGUUUUGAGUCUGUCCAUGGACUUCCACUCCGAACGCGACAGCGCAGAAGUCAUGAAGGCUCUGGAGCAGGGUGGCGCACUGACGAAGUUAUUGAAGACGAUAGUAUGCGAUUCUCUUCCCACUGUGGUCGAUCUCGUCAUUGCUGUCGGAAUUCUGUACUGGAAGUUCGACAUCUACCUUUCGAUCGCCAUGAUGGUCGCUUUUACGUUAUUCCUUGCACUGGAGAUCUUCACGUCGCGGUGGAAAGUGGAACCUCGACGCAAGUACGCGCACGCUGAGAGACAAGAAACCAAAGUAAUGCACCAAGCCAUCCAGGGCUGGACUACCGUCUCAUACUUCAACAUGUUCAGCUUCGAGCGAAAACGAUUUGGGAAAACAGUAAACACAAAGUUGGCCGCCGACUGGAAGCUGACUGUUAUCGGUCUCGUGUUACAGGGAGCUGUGGAGCUGAUCAUCCCAUUGACGUUUUUCACGCUAACCGCUAUGGCAAUCCGCAACAUUGCUCAGGGCCGAAGCAAACCAGGUGACUUUACUUUCCUGGUUCAGUAUUGGGAUUAUUUGAUUUGGCCUUUGACAUGGUUGACGCAUGAGUACCGCGAGAUCAUGUCCAAUCUAAUCGACGCCGAACGACUUCUUGCCUUGCUGCAGACCAAGCCCACAGUUAUGGACCGAGAAGGCGCGAAGAGCAUCAAAUCCGUAGAAGGCCAUGUUCGUUUUGACAAUGUUCAAUUCGCCUAUGAUGAUCGAAAGACAACUAUCAAGGACCUCAAUUUAUCGGCGCGACCGGGACAGACAAUCGCGCUUGUUGGAGCAACAGGCGCCGGAAAAUCCACCGUCAGCAAGUUGCUGCUGCGAUUUUACGACAUCUCGGGAGGGAACAUCACGAUUGAUGAACACGACAUUCGUGACAUGACACUAGACUCACUCCGGAGCGUCAUUGGUGUGGUUCCCCAAGAUCCACUCUUGUUCAACGGCACGAUUCUCGAAAACCUUCGCUACGCCAGAUAUACUGCUACAUUUCAGGAUAUAAUCGCCGCCUGCCGCGCAGCCGCAAUUCACGACCGUAUCCUUUCGUUCCCAGAUGGCUAUAAGACACGAGUUGGCGAGCAAGGCGUGAAGCUGUCAGGUGGUGAAGUCCAAAGGCUAGCAGUCGCUCGAGUGAUUCUCAAAGACCCGUCUAUUCUCAUUCUAGACGAAGCAACAAGCGCGAUCGACACGCAUACGGAGAGCAAUAUUCAAAGAGCGCUAGAUGCAUUCAAAAACAAGCGGAAACGAACCAGUUUUGUGAUUGCGCAUCGUUUGAGUACGAUUGUAGGGGCAGAUCAGAUUUUAGUAUUUGACGAGGGAAGAAUUGUCGAAAGGGGGACGCAUAAGGAAUUGGUGAGAUUGGGGGGCGUAUAUGAGAGGCUGUGGAGUAAGCAGACGAGCACGCACUCGUCAUGA